CGUAGAAGAAGAAGACCACCACCGUUUCCCCCCCUCCAGCUGAAUUGUCUGCUGUAACUAAACAGCAUCCCGUUAACACAACUUCACAAUAUAAACACUUCAAACUAAUGUAAUAUAUUCCCGUCCAUAUUUGGAGUAUUUAAAGAACUGAAUGUAUUUGCCGCGAUAACGAAGAUGGUAGGGAGAUGCAGGCUGGUGUCCUGCCUGUGUUUGGUCCUGUUUGGCGUCUUAGGCUGGGUGUGGGUCUCCUUUGCUUCCUUCCCUGAUGACCAUCGUGGCAUGGUGUCCUACGAUGCUGUGGACCAAGGAGCCUUUAAGCCCCAGAGUGCUCUCGCUGACAUUGAGUUUGCACCCAUCAGUUCAUACCGAGGGCCUGGCAACCAAGACCAGCGCAGCAACAAGGAGCUUCCUAUUAUCCUGUGGUGGAGCGGAGGCUUAUUCCCACAUUUUCCUGGGGAUACCGAAAGAAUUGACUGCGCCACCUCAUCCUGCCUGGCCACAAGUAACCGCAAGGUCCAGCUGUACAAGAGGACAGCAUCCAUCAUCUUCUACGGGACGGACUUCCGGGCCUAUGAAGCGCCACUUCCUCGUCUCCGUCACCAGACGUGGGCUCUUUUCCACGAAGAGUCCCCCAUGAAUAACUACCUCCUCUCCCAUGGCACGGGGAUCAAGUUGUUCAAUUACACCGCCACCUUUCGCAGGGAGUCCGACUAUCCUUUGACCCUGCAGUGGCUCCCGUCUCUAAGCUACCUGCUGGAGCCUGUCGUGGUGUCCCUGAAGGAGAAGAACCGGAUGAGGCGGGAGGGCUUGGCCCCCGUGCUCUACAUGCAGUCUCACUGUGACGUGCCUUCGGAUAGAGACCGAUACGUCCGUGAGCUCAUGAAGUACAUCCAGGUGGACUCUUACGGCAAAUGUCUGAACAACAAAGUUCUGCCGAAACAUCUGGAAGACACGUCCACUGCCACAGGCGAAGAGGCCACUUUCAUGCAAUUUGUCAGCCGCUACAAGUUCCACCUGGCGCUGGAGAAUGGUAUCUGCCCAGACUACAUGACAGAGAAGCUGUGGCGGCCCCUCCAUCAGGGCUGCGUUCCUGUGUACCGAGGUUCCCCUGCGGUGACGGACUGGAUGCCCAACAACCAAUCCGUCAUCAUCAUCGAUGACUUCCCCUCACCUAAAGCUCUGGCGGACUUCCUCAAGUUUCUAGAUGACGACGACAGCGAAUAUGUCAAAUAUUUAGAGUUCAAAAACAUCCGCAGCAUCACUAACGCUCGUUUGCUGCAAGCUCUGGAGAACCGAGAGUGGGGGGUGAACGACAUGAGCAAACCCAACUACUUGAAUGGAUUUGAGUGUUACGUAUGCGACCGGGAGAAUGCGCGGCUGUCUGCAGAACGAGCAAGUAGAAAAGCUCGUGAGAAGAACCCGCCUCCACCACUAAAGAUGGCUACUAAUGCGCAUAUGGGGUGCCCUCUGCCCAGUCCAGGCUAUGGAGAUGUCCAAGACCUGCCUUCAGACGAUGAAUGGUUACAAAUGUGGCCUCAGGACUACUGGCAGAGUCUGGACCAAGCUGAGGGGCUGGAGUCUCUGAUAAGAAAGAACGAGUCGGACCCUUCACUGCUGUGGAAGCACAUCCAAAGAAUCGCGGCGAGCAGAGCCAGAGGCAAACAUUGACGUUGGCCUUAAACAGGACGAAGAUGAUGGAGGACAUCCAGGAGUCCAGAUGUGUCCCAUACUAUGCAGCCACUCUUUUUUUUUUAAAGAGGAAUUGAAGCAGAGACUCUUAUUUUGCGCCUCAGCCAACAUUACUGUUCUCUUGUGGGCAGUUUAAUUGAUUUUGGUAUUUUAUAAAGCAGAUACUUUAAGUUCAGUAAUGUCAUGGUGCUAAACAUUAACUGAAAACUGUGCAGCACAGUUGUUCCACAGAGACACAUUGUCAUUCUCGGGAGGGGAGAGACAAGUUUGUGCUGGAGCGAAGCCAAGCCCCGCUGCAGCUUGCCAAAGUGACCACCGCCCAACUGUGUGUGUGUGUGUGUGUCUGUGUGUGUGUGAGUGAGAGAGAGAGGACAAUCAGGACACUAGCCACUGGACUUAAUUGGCUUUUUUUACUUGUAAGCAGUGAUUUCUAUGCAUUGCUUAAGGUGACAUUGCAAACAUGUUACAGGAAACAGCUAAGUUACUUAGCGACAUUUUAUGCAACCAAACGUGCAAUUCUUUUUUUUUUUAAUCAAGAUUUUUGUACAACGAGCAC